AUGAUUGUGCGGUAUGCCGCCGUUUUCUUUUUCUUCUUCGCGACCUGUGCCCUCGCAGCGGCAUCCCGCUAUCGGUUCUCCGUCUCUAACGCAUCGUACCAGAUCUCGCCCAAGGCCAUUGUGUCCGACGCAUGCGCCUCGUACUCUACCCUCGACAAGCUGAACGCCAAGGUCAAGCCCUUCGUCGACGACCUCACAAGCUCGACGGACUUUUUCUCGCACUACCGACUGAACCUCUUCCACAAGAAAUGCCCCUUUUGGAACGACGAGAAUGGCAUGUGCGGCAACAUCGCCUGUGCCGUUGAGACCCUGGAUAACGAGGAGGAUAUUCCCGAAGUCUGGCGGGCGAGCGAGCUUGGAAAGUUGGAAGGACCCUUGGCGAAACACCCCCCGAGAAAGGUGCAGCACGAGCGCCCCGAACGACCGUUACAAGGAAAGCUGGGCGACGAGGUUGGUGAAAGCUGUGUAGUGGAAUACGACGACGAGUGCGACGAGCGUGACUACUGCGUGCCGGAGGAUGAGAGCGCAACCUCGAAGGGAGACUACGUAAGCCUCCUCCGCAAUCCCGAGCGGUUCACUGGAUACGCGGGAGUUGGCGCCGCCCAGGUUUGGGACGCCAUCUACCGGGAGAACUGCUUCCAAAAGAGCUCCUUCCCCCAUUCCGCGUCUCUGGGUCAGUCACAAGUCAGCAACAAGGGACCAGCGGCGCAAGACUUCAGGCAGGUUCUCGAAGCCGCUGGACGAGAGCAGCUUUUGGAGCAGAUGCGCGAGAAGCAGCCCAACGCCCCGUUUGUCGCCCAGACCGGCUUAGAGUCCGAAGACGAGUGCAUCGAGAAGCGGGUUUUCUACCGCGUGGUUUCGGGCAUGCACGCGAGCAUCAGCACUCAUCUUUGCUGGGACUUCCUUAACCAGACUACGGGUCAAUGGCAACCCAACCUGGCCUGCUAUAAGCAACGCCUCCACACCCACCCAGAGCGGAUCAGCAACCUGUACUUCAACUAUGCCUUGGUCACUCGUGCAAUCGCCAAGUUGGGACCUUAUCUUCAGGGUAGAGACUAUACCUUCUGUACGGGGGAUCUGGACCAGGACGCUGCCACCAGAGCAAAGAUUCUUGAAGUUACUGAGGGUGCGGCUAGUGUUCCGCAGAUCUUCGACGAGAGCCUCAUGUUUAAGAAUGGCGAGGGUCCGUCUCUGAAAGAGGACUUUCGCAACCGCUUCCGCAACGUCAGUCGUGUCAUGGAUUGUGUGGGCUGCGACAAGUGCCGCCUCUGGGGCAAGCUCCAGACUGCCGGCUACGGCACUGCUCUGAAGGUCCUCUUCGAAUUCGACAACCACAGCAAGGACAUCCCCGUGUUGAAGCGCACCGAGCUCGUCGCCCUCUUCAAUACCUAUGCUCGUAUUAGCAGCUCCUUGGCUGCCAUUGGCAAGUUCCGGGCCAUGGUAGACGCCGAGGAGGCUCUUGCCGUGGCUGCUGCCGCCGAACCCACCACUGCAAUUCCCGACAGGGCCAAGAAGCCGCACAAUGUGGUCACGUCAACGGAGCCAGAGCCUAUCACGGCCGAGGACUACCCAGAGGACAAGCCGCGAUCGGAACAGACCGUCAGGGAAGCCUUCGACGAGGCCUUUGAUGAAGAAUUCGGCCGCUUCAUCAAGGCUACCAAAUUCGUGAUCUCGCGUUGGGCCGCCUUCCCCAAGACCUUUUUCAACAUCCUCGCAGUAGAGCUGGCUCGUCUGUACCAAGGCUUCGUUGGCCUCCCCGUUAUCGAGAGGAACUGGAGCUUCCAGAGGCGGCCGCUGGACGAGUUAUAG